AUCGUCUUGUGUAUAUCCGAGCGUUGCAUGAGAUGAUAGAAUUGGUGCCAACUAGAAGAAGAAGAAGAAGCUUUUAGCUGCAAUUGUUUGUGUGAAGCUCCCUUCGUAGCCUCUCAAUAGUGGAAUAGCAAGAAUCCUUUUUAAACAGGGCAAGGGCAGGAUGGCGUCCAGCUGCAUCCGCCAGAUGGCUACUUUGUCUCUCAGUAGCAGAGUGACUGCUGCGCCGAAGGCCUUGAAGGUUGUUGGUCUGUCUUCGCCUUCUCUUACUCCUGCAGUCAAGCCAUUCUUGAAGCAAUCUUGUGAUCCGCUCAACGCAUCCUUCCAGGCUGCUCUCCCCCUGAAGGCUGGAGGAAGGGAUAAGUUCAUUGUUUUUGCCCAAGCUGUGACAACAACCCCAGAAACUGAAGCCGAGGCCGACGCUCCCACUGUGACCGAAGCCUCUGAAGAUGCCCCAGUAGCUGCACCGAAAUCCAAGAAGCUCAUGAAGAACGUGAAGCACAUCAUGCAGAGUCUCCAAGAGGAUGCGUUGAAGGCUGCCAAUGAAGUGAAGGUCAUUCCUGAUAUUCGACCAGGGGAUGUCAUUCAGCUCAGAGUUGAAGUGCCUGAGAACAAGCGCAGGGUGUCUCUACUGAGAGGAAUCGUCAUUUCACGCCACAAUGCAGGCAUCAACACUACCUUCCGAAUUAGGAGGGUUAUUGCCGGGGUUGGUGUUGAGAUGGUUUUCCCACUAUACUCGCCUAAUAUUAAGGAGAUUAAGGUGGUAGACAAAAGGAAGGUGCGGAGGGCGAAGCUCUUCUACCUACGUGACAAGAUUGCACGCAUGUCAUCUUGCUGAUAAUUCCUAAGCCACUCUGUUUUCGGUGAUAACGAGAUAAGAUUCUUUUUCUUCGUAGUGCUUUAGGUAGAGAGAACGAUUCGGAAAGGACAUAAUCCUUGAAGCAUUGCACAGAUUCUUGCGAUUGUGCAAUGAGAGGAAAAAGAUUGGAAAUUCACAUGCAAGACUUUGCUUCGCUGAUAUCAGUCUUUUUGAUCUGCAUAAGCCAAGUCUAUUUUUGUUGAAAGCCCUUGGCAUUUUAGUUCAAUUGUAAUCUACAUAGUAAAUGGAAUCCUACCAUUACUCUGUGUUCUCCGUGCUA